AUGAAAAUGAAUUUUAAACUCUCUCCUUAUCUUUUAUUUCUAGUUGCAGCAGUAUGUAGUAUUUAUAGCUCUAUGGUUGUGACUGCAACACCACCAAGCAAUCUCUACAUGUAUUCAGUUGACCGAUUACUCAUUCUUGUUGGAUUGACAAAGAUCAAUCUUGAAACUGGAGCCGUCAACUCUACCACACUUCCCAUGUUCCAAGAUGAUAUUUGGUUACAAAGAUUUUUAGGUGUUGAUGCCAAUGAUAAUUUUAAACUUUUAGCAAUGAAUCAUUCAGGUGGAUUUGGAGUAUUGACGGUUUCACCACAAUCUGGGGAAUUAUUAAAUACACCUUCCUAUGCAGGUCCGAUAUCUACAACUUAUGAAUGGUACGACACUUCCUAUCAAUAUGAUAGUGGUCGUAAUGCAGUAUACCUUAUUGUCACGGGUGCUGGAGCGCCACGUUUGUUGGAGUAUAACUUGGCCGAUUCAUCGACCAAUAUUGUCCAACUUUCCAUGUCUGAACUAUACAAUAUUCCAAGUGGUUGUUUUGACGGUGUUGAUAACUACUAUUUCAUGAAUAUCAUUGACGAUAACUUUAGUGCCUUCCAACUAUCAUCCUACUCGUUUGCCAGUCAACAACAAUCCAACAAUGUCAACGUUACUGGUAUUUCACCCAAUUCAGAUACCUACCUUUACUGUGCCAACAAACAAGUCUAUGUUCUUGCCUAUAAUACUAUCAACCCUACAAACUUGACAUUAUAUCUUUUAGAUACCUCCCAAGCCACCGCCACUCCAAUCUACAGUAACGUUGAUACCGGUCUAAUGAACUCUCUCAAUCUAUGGUUCAUCGACAACUACUUUGUAUUGCUUACCUUGUCGUCAGACACCCAAGAAUUCUAUUUGACCACUGUCGAUCUCAACAUCAAACAAGUUGUCUCCACUACACUCGUCCAAAGAGCUGAGAGUAUGAUGAGCGCGGAUACCAUCUUUUCCUUUUGUCUCGAAGGUGAAAGAAAAAGUAUCUACUAUGUAGCAGCAACACCACCAAGCAACCUAUACAUCUAUACAAACAACUACUCUGAUCACUCUAUUGAUUUGAGUACGAUCAACAUUGCUAGUGGAACUGUCAAGAAUACUACACUAUCUGUCAAUACCUUACAAAAUGGUUCAUGGUUUCAAAGAUUCUUGGGUGUUGAUACCAAUGGAAAUUUUUUGAUUUUAGUAGAGAAUACUAGUUUUGCUUAUAGUAUUAUGACUGUUUCACCAUCUGGUAAUUUGAUUAGUUCAACUCCAUAUGUUGGUUCUGUUAAACCAGACUUUACAUGGUACUUGACUUCAUACCAAUAUGAUAGUAAUCGUAAUUCGGUCUAUCUUAUUGAAGGUGGUCCAGAAACAGGUCCCCAAUUGUUUGUCUAUGACUUUGGUCAUUCAGCCACCAAGGUCAUCACACUCGCCAUGCCAGAAGGGUACAGUAUUCCAUCUGGUUGUUUCGACGGUCAAAACAAUUACUAUUUCAUGGAUGUCUCUGACAAUGACAAUAGUAUAUUUGUAUUGUCAUACUAUUCAUUGGCCACCUACCAACAAUCGAGUAUUGUCAAUGUGACUGGUAUUGCUCCCAACCUUGACACUUAUCUUUUCUCUGCCAACAAACAAAUCUAUGCCGUUACCCGUAACUCUCCCAAUGCAUUGUCAUUGUACCUAAUCGAUACCGUCCAAGCUACUGCCACCCUCACCUACAGUGACGCUGAUACCGGUCUCCCAUUCUCUCUCAAUCUCUGGUUUGUUGACAAUUACUUUGUCUAUCUUUCAUUGUCAUCGUCGGACAACCAAUACUACUUGACCACCAUCGAUCUCAACUCCAACCAAAUUGUCUCCCAGUCUCAAGUUCAAGGACAAGUAGAUAUUCAUUCACCAACUUCUGGUGUCUACUAA